GAAUAGUACAGUAGCCAACACAUGAUCUUGGCGCUAAACCUCAAUGGACCCCUCAUUGAUGUGAAAAGCAUAAACAGAAUACCAUAACCACCUUGAAACCUUCUCGCCAUGUUGAGUGAGGAAUGCUAUAUAUGAGGAGAGUUUAGGACUCUCGUUUCUCAUCGUGAAUGACAAUCAAUCAUCUGAAUCAUGAUCCUCUUGGAACUCUCGGACCCCAUUUUUGAGUCAAACCAAGUCAUCGCUAUGGAAUCCAUCUUAUAGCCAAAUUCAAUCACAAUCAAAUGCGUACCGAUCAACAUCACCACAAUGUCAAUGUCACCAUGCCAUGACAUCCGAAUCAUCGAAAGCGUCAGACUUAUUACUCGUUUCCGUGUUACUCCGAACGUUUCUUUACACCUUUACAAAUAUUUUCCUCAUUGGUGCCCCUAAUCUUUUCGAUUUAUCAUGGGAUCUGUCUCAUCUCGUGUAUAUUAUCACUUAGGGGAAACUGUGGACAGGAACUUCCUCUAAGUGUUAGACGCGAUUGUGAGCUCGCGAAUACCUGCGCUUAGGGGUCAAAUUGGGAAAAUUUAGGUGAGAGAAGUGUUAGAGAGUCCUGUAAGCUAAUCUUGGAGGAGCCACCAAUUACUUUAUGAAAAAAGGUAGAAGCGGUUGGAGAGAAAUUCCUUUUUCUACAAAUACCUCAACAUUUCCUUUUCUCUUUCCGUUCUCUUUCUCCUUCAUUUUAAAUUCCAUCUCUCAAUUCACUCCCAAAAAGUGGUUAAUACACAUCUACCCCAAAAAGGCCCUAUCACUACCUCCUCCACCACUAACACACCCUGCUAUCGAUAACUAUCAAGCAAUUAAAACGACUAAUACGUACAAAACUAAACCAACAAUAACCUCAUCUUAUUACACAUUACAACAAAUUCUGUCAAAAUGACUACCACAUCAAUGGUUCAACCAAAGUUCUUAUCAAAGGCUGAUCAACUUGGUGUCGUUGCUGUUGGAUUCUCAGGUGGACAAUGUAAACCAGGAGUUGAUGCCGCACCUUCAGCACUCAUCAAAAGUGGUCUUCUGGAUCAACUCGAAGAGGAAUUAGGAUACAAACUUCACCAUGAUAACACGGUCCAUUCUUACAAGGAAUUAAUCCCUUCUGAGGAUCCAGAUCACCGAAACAUGAAGAACCCUCGCGGAGUCUCUGCAGUCACACAAAAGCUUUCGGAACAAGUUUACGAACAUGCCAAGGAGGGUCGUUGUGUCUUGACUCUCGGUGGUGAUCAUUCUAUUGCCAUUGGUUCAGUAUCAGGAACUGCAAAAGCAAUCCGUGAACGUUUAGGAAGAGAAAUGGCAUUGAUCUGGGUUGAUGCACAUGCCGAUAUCAAUACCCCAGAAACUUCGGGGUCUGGAAAUGUUCACGGUAUGCCCGUUGCAUUCUUAACACGUCUCGCACAAGAAGAGAAGCCAGAGAUCUUUGGAUGGUUAAAGGAUGAACAUAUGGUCAGCGUAAAGAAGAUUGUUUACAUCGGUUUGAGAGAUGUUGAUAGAGGAGAGAAGAAGAUCCUCCGUGAUAAUGGAAUCAAGGCAUUCAGUAUGCAUGACAUCGAUAGACAUGGUAUUGGCAGAGUUAUGGAAAUGGCACUUGGCCAUAUCGGUAACGAUACCCCAAUCCAUCUUUCCUUCGAUGUCGACGCUCUUGAUCCUACAUACGCUCCUUCAACUGGUACACCUGUUCGUGGAGGUUUGACCUUGCGAGAAGGUGAUUACAUUGCCGAGUGCGUUCACGAGACUGGUUCUUUGAUCGCUAUGGAUUUGGUAGAAGUCAACCCUACACUUGAACCUGGUGUCAAUGAUAUUGGAGCACACGAAACUGUUAGAGCUGGAUGCUCUUUGGUUAGAUGUGCUUUGGGUGAGAGCUUGCUAUAAGUUGGUGUUUCGGAUACUGGGAAUAGAUACCUGAAGAGACAUUUGAAAGAAUAUACCCUUAGAUCGAGAUCGGCUAUUUAUACAUUUGGCAUUAGAUUCCUUGGGUGGCCCUGAGAUAAUGGGACUUGAUCUUUCAUUUACGGUUAUACUUCGCAACUCAGAAGGAUAGAGGGGCAGGUGGAUCACUUUUCUUUCACAUGCUUCUGAAGUCAAGAUAGAUGUAUAAAUCAUUGACGAAAUCAAUACAAAAACAUUUCAAAAUCUCCCCGCUCUCCAGAAGUCCACCGCCGAUGAUACA